AUGUGCAGCACAUCCGUGCGAUAUGCUUUGGUCCGAAGUGAAAUUUGUCUCCCUCCUGUCUUGGUUAGUGAUGUAACGGCUCAGGCGAGUUUCGUACCCGGGAUUGGCUACGGCGGGGUUGGGGUCGCAGGCGUCCCUCCCGUGCGACGUGGCGGUUCGACCCUGGGGCCGGCGGAAUGGGCCUGCGACUGCGCCUACUGCCCGGCGAUCGACAGACUUCGCCCGGAUUACUACCCGAUAUGCGCCGAGCGGAUGGGCCGACGAACUACCUUCGAUAGCUGGUGCCACUUUGACUGUGAGAAUCGCUGCUACGAGCACACGAAGCAACCGCACAUAUUUUUAUAUCGUGGACCCUGUAUUGCUGAACCACAAUUUCCAGGCCCGUAUCCAAUAGUGCUGGACGCUGAUCGGGACGGAAACCUUUGCAAAAUUUGCGCGGAUCAGUGUCGGAACAUUCACGAACCAGUCUGUGCGAGAGGUGCUCUCGGCCAAUAUUUACCCUUCAAAAGCCGCUGCCAUCUUAGGUGUCACAACCAAUGUCACUUUUACAGCAGUGAAGCCCAAUAUUAUCAAGUACACGAUGGAGACUGCCGUUGGAUUCAAAAGCGCUGAAAAAUGCCGGAGCACAUCAUAACUUAUUAAUGUUGAUCUCGUGAAAAGGACUUUUUUAUCAGUUUCCAUGCCUCUCAAAAGAAAGUUGGCCCAAAACUUAUGGUGUGUCUACGUUCAAAACGUCCCUUUUUAUUUGGACUGC